AUGUCUCUGCAAACUCAUUAUAACUUGGGCCUUUCUUAUAGGACAGUCGCAUAUACAAUUAGUUUGUUGAGAGAGAUCAGGAAAAGAACGAAUUAUAUAUGGAAUUUUUUUUUACCAUUAAUUCCAAGAGGUAGAGAACAGCUGAAUUGGGAUGCACGGAUGAACAUUAUACUUGAAAUCGCCAGAGGUCUUUUAUAUCUCCAUCGUGACUCAUCUUUAAGAGUAAUACAUAGAGAUUUAAAGGCCAGCAACAUUCUUUUGGAUGAGAAGAUGAAUCCAAAAAUAUCAGAUUUCGGUUUGGCUCGUAUUUUCCAGGAAACAGUAGAUAUGGCAAACACUCAAAGAGUUGUUGGAACUUUAGGCUACAUGUCUCCUGAAUAUGCCAUGAGUGGAGUCUUCUCAGAAAAAUCAGAUGUUUUUAGCUUUGGUGUCUUGAUCAUAGAGAUAGUGAGCGGCAAGAAGAACUCUAACUUCCAUUAUUAUGAGCAGAACCUCAGCCUUGUUGCUUAUGCAUGGAAAUUAUGGAGUGAGGGUAAAGGAGUGGAGUUUGUAGAUGAAGCAAUGGGUGGCUCAUAUGUUGCAUUAGAAGCAAUAAGAUGCAUACAUGUUGGGCUGUUAUGCGUACAAGAUCACACCACAGAUAGACCAAGCAUGGCAGAUGUAAUUUUCAUGCUCAGCAAUGAAACAAAUCGUCCUCAACCCAUUCGACCAAUAUUUACUUAUCAUAACUCUCCCAGAUCACAAAAGGCUACUACAAGCUCUGUCAAUGAUGCCACGGUCUCAAUGAUAGAAGGGCCUUAAAACUAAGGGAACACCGCCGCUUUAUCGACACUACCAUAUUCGAUUUAUACACAAAAAAAUGGACAAUCCAGUUAUAUGCAGA